GUAGGAAUCUACUGUUCUAAAUUUGAGGUCGGGUUGUGGUAUAAAUUGGAGGGCUUGUGUUUCUUAAAUCGUAUUCCUCCGAUACACAUAUCAAAACAUACACCUGAAAAUGAACGCUUUGAUUGUCUUCACUUGCAUCGUAGCUUGCGCCAGCGCUAGCGGCUAUUACGGCGGCGCGCAUUUGUACGCUGCCCAUGCUGUGCCAGCAGGACCUGCAACUCUUGUAGGCGCGUCUGGCGUUGUCGGUCCUCAUGGGGCAGUAGGACCCGCCGGUGCCGUUAACGGACAUGGAGCCGUUGGACCCAACGGAAUCCCCAACGCUGUGCACGGUGGAGUUGUCGUAGGACACGGACUUAUCGGAGGUCUUGGUCUUGGAUACGCCCAUGCCGGAAUUGGCCACCUCGGAUACGCACAUGCUCACCACGAUGGACAAUGGCACGGUGAAGGUCUCUGGGAAUCUCAGGAUCAUGCAGGGCGUUUCUACGGACACGGAUGGUAAAACGUUAUGGGAUACAGUUACCAAUCUCCUGUAUAAAUAUUUAUCUGUAGAUACUUAAAAACAAUUACAUCCGUCCAUCCACAGCUUUUGA